AUGACCGCUGAACACUCCCCGGCGGAGGAUAUAUCCACCGUCGAGGCGCAGUCAAAGGGAAAAUUUCCCCGCGUACCUGACCGAUGGCUCUCUCGCAUCGCAAACUGGGGCGUUGAGCUCCGUGGUGUUGCUCCUGUGCCCAUUGAGGAGCGGACUGACACCCGGUUUAUCAAUGUAUUCUUUGUUUGGUUUACACUCAGCACAAAUUUACUACCGAUCAUCACCGGCAUGGUGGGCACGUUCGUCAUGGGGAUGAGUCUGCGCGAUGCGGCUUUGAUUAUCCUCUUCUUCAAUAUGCUCUGCACCAUUCCUCCGGCGUACUUUAGUACUUUUGGUUCCAGAACAGGACUGCGCCAGAUGCUUCAUGCUCGAUUUACCUUUGGAUACUAUCUGGUGUCAAUCAUCGUUGCGCUGAAUCUCUGCACUAUUGCUGGCUUCGGCGUUGUGUCUUGCGUAUUAGGCGGAUCAACGCUCUCAGCUGUCUCUGACGGCAGCAUUGACGACACCGCCGGCAUCGUUGUCAUCGGCGUCUGCGGGAUGGUCGUCUCCUUUGGCGGGUACAAGUUCCUACACCAGUAUGAGCGGUACUGCUGGCUGUUUGCCCUUGUUGCCAUCAUUAUAGCAACUGGUGUCGGUGGAAGCAGUCUCUCAGCACAAACACCGACUGCACCACCAACGGCCGCCACGGUGCUUUCGUUCGGCGGUGUCAUCGCUGGAUUCCUGAUCCCAUGGGCUGGAAUGGCCGCCGACUUCAGUGUGUACUGCGUCCCAACCGUCUCGACAACCCGCAUCUUCGCCUACACGUACCUGGGGCUAUUCGUCCCAACGGUCCUGCUUAUGACCCUCGGCGCAGCAAUCGGCUCCGCUACCCCAUCGAUCCCCUCCUGGUCAACCGGCUACAGCACCUACGGCGUCGGCGGUGUUCUUGAAUCCAUGCUCUCUCCCGCAGGGGGAUUCGGCAAAUUCGUUGCGGUUCUCCUCGCCUUCUCCCUCCUCGGAAAUCUCGGCGCCUCAAUGUACUCCAUCACACUAAACUUCCAGCUCCUCCUCCCCUUCUUCAUGAAAGUUCCGCGCUUCGUCUUCUCGGUAAUCUACACUGCAAUCCUAAUCCCUGUCUCCGUUGUCGCUGCGAAAUCGUUCUUCACGAACCUUGAGAACUUCCUGUACGUCAUCGCCUACUGGUCCGCGGCGUUCGUCUCUGUGGUCUUGGUUGAACACUUCCUCUUCCGACGGGGGGAUUGCGCAUCUUACGACGCGAGUACGGUGAAUUGGGACUCGCCGAAAUGUCUACCAACGGGGAUCUCCGCCAUCGGUGCAAUGGCGCUUUCAUUCGGCCUGAUUGUGCCUUGCAUGGGCCAGGCGUGGUUCACGGGCCCUAUCGCGGAGACUACGGGUGAUAUUGGGUUCGAGAUUGCACUGGUUCUGGCUGGGUUGCUGUAUGUUCCCUUGAGGUGGGCAGAACGGCGAAUCAGAGGUGUAUAG